AUGUCUCCCGUCGUCCAAUACAUCCCCGACUUCACUUUCAAGUUCCUCGACCACGCUCGCUACCAAAUCCUCAACCUCCUCGGUGCGGGUUCCUACGGCGCCGUCUACCGCGCCAGGGAGCGCCUGCCCGAGUCCGGCAAGUUCGUCCCUAGGGCGAUCAAGGUCAUCUCCAAGCACGGUCGCAGACUCGGCGCUCUGGAGAUCGGCCUCCACAGCCUCGUUUCGGACCACGCCAACGUCAUCACCAUGGAGGAGGCGUUCGAGGACGAGGACAACUACUUCCUCGUGCUCGAUCUCUGCCCCGGCGGGGACCUGUUCUCCCAAAUCUGGGAGCAGGACGCCUACCGCCACAACGACGAGCGCGUCCGCACCGCGUUCGUGCAGCUGGUGGACGCCGUCGAGGCGUGCCACGCUACGAACGUUUAUCACCGCGACCUUAAGCCCGAGAACAUCCUCUGCAAUGAGGAUGGUUCCGAAGUCUACCUCUGUGACUUCGGACUCGGACGGGGCCGGCCGAUCAGCCGUGAGUUCGGCUCUGGCAGCUUGAACUACAUGAGUCCAGGUGUGUACCUUUGCUUUCAGAUGCUCCGUACCAGUCAACUGACAUGUCUUUCAGAAUGUCUUGGCGAGGACCUUGGCUGCAGACCAUACUCCAACGUCCGCCAUGAUAUCUGGGCUCUGGGCGUCGUGCUGUUCAACAUGAUCACCGCGGAGCACCCGUGGGGGAAGGCGUCCACGGAGGACGACCAGUUCAGCGACUUCCUGCACAACCCCGAGUUCUUCCUUGACCACUUCGAUAUCUCCGAGGGCGCGAACACCAUCCUCCGCAGCAUCUUCACCCUCAACCCCAUGGGGCGCACCACCCUCCCCGAGCUGCGCGCGGCCAUCCUCGCGCUCGGCUCGUUCUUC